AUGAUAAAAUAUCUAUUACUAUUAGUUUUUUCAUUAAAUGUUUUUCAGAUCAGUUCUCAAUUAGUUUUGGAUCAAAAUGUUGUUGCUUCUAUAAAAUGGAUAAUGUAUCAAUAUUCAAUACCUUUGAAUUCAAAUGGAUUUAAUUGCAGUACUUUAGCAGAAGGUUAUAUCUUUGAUCCUUUCAUAUGUUCACCUUCUCCAACUAAUUCUUCCGAAGAGAUUGUAACUCGAUUUUCACCUAACGGAGUGAACACACCAGGAACAAUACCAAACCCAGGACCAAUCACCAAACUUUAUUUCCCAGAUCUCGAAACUUUUCAAAUGAACACUAUUUUCUAUAUCAAGGAUACAACCAUUUCAUUGUUUGAAAUGUUUGAUCAGCCAGAGAAUAAAAAAUUAAAAGUAUUCAGCUUAAGUGUAUUUCCCAAUCUAAUAAUGAAAGAUGGUUUUCCAAAAUAUAUUCCUUUCAAUAAUUUAUAUUGUUCUGUUUGCUCUAUUUCUCCAUAUGUUGCAAAUUCAGCACUUACACAUAUGAGCACUCUCACCUGGGAUGGUAAUUCAAUUGUUGACUUUGAUCAGAAUUCCUUAUACCCAAAUCUAUCUACGAUAAAAGAGAAUUUCCCUGAAUUGAAUAACUUUUACAGUAGUAUUUCAUAUAUGGACAAUAGUAUCAUUACUUUUGAUACAAAUUCCAUAAAAUCUAUCAAUAUUAAUCAUACACCUGCUCGUAACACCACUAUUUCCCUAGGGAGAGCAACCAAUCUCCUGGCAUUAUAUUUCCGUAACGUAAGAGGUAGCGUUGAAAAAGCAAAAAAUUUAAACAAAUUAUCCCUCAACUAUCAAAAUCUUACUAUUUGGCCUCCAAUUUCUUGGUUUUCAACCACCAAAGUUCAAAUAGAUUUGAGUAAUAAUCUAUUAGCAGGAAACAUUCCAGACUACAGCAGUCUGGUUCUUGGAGCAUUUAAUGUUCAAAACAACCCUGGUAUUAAUGGUAGAAUUCCUGAUUAUAUAUGCCUAGUAGAAUCAAUCAAUUUCUUAAAUACUUCCAUAACAGAGGCACCAGAUUUAAUUCAAUUUGACAAAACUAAUUUCAUAUUUUUUGGUAACAUACCUCAAUCUGCGUUUACUAUCACUGGUAAAAAUCUUGGCUAUAAAGCGCCACCACCCACAAUUUUGGUGAGAGCAAACACUGCAUUUUUAUAUUAUGUAAACGGUGUAAAGGCAGGAAGUGUUACUCUAACGUUUAAUAAUAAAACACAAACUUUUACAUGGUAUACAGAUGUAACACAAAUUAGUUAUGCAAACUUUAAUCAGGUCAUGUUACCAAAUGUGACUUAUAAUCUUGGAAUUUUCGGUACUUUCGAUACCACUUUGACUUAUUCAGUUUCAGAUUUCGAAACGGUAUUAAUUAGAGUUAAUUUUUCGAUUUUAGCGAGUAUUAUAGUUACAUCUUACUCACCUAUUAAUCGUAAUGGUGGUGCAUUCCACAUCGAUGGAUUCUUUGGAUCAAACCCCGAAAUCACUGUCAGUGUUUACCUAGACAAUAAAGAAUGUAAAGAUAUAGUAAAAAGAAAUUUAACCAUCGAUUGUAAUGUCGCUGGUCCUCUGACAGUUGGAUAUGUACCUCUAUUGGUUACUGUUGGCGAUGGUUCAUCUCUAACAACUGUUAAAGUUGAUGAUGCUGUCAUACCAAAUGAUUGUGGUGAAGCUGACAAAUGUUCAGGUAAUGGAGUUUGUAUAGAGAAAAAAUGUAAAUGCAAUGAAGGAUAUGGUGGAAAUUACUGCGAUCUCAAACUUGGAAAUGGUACGAUUGUUACCAACUUGACGACUCCUUCAGCUUCAUUCGUUGCAGAGAAUGUGCAGUUCGAUUUCAACAUCUAUUCGAUUCAGGAGGUUGACAGUUCAGACAAUGUCGUAAAGGAGUUGAAUGUUACCCAAUGGAGAUUUAGAAACGACACCGAAGGUGAAAUCACCAAUCUCUACUACUACCUCAAUGUAUCGUAUCCCAAUGUGACAACGAUGAUUCAAUACUCGCCAAAAGAGAGAACCGUUGAAUUCGCCGGAAUCACAUCGUAUCUCCCACCGAAUUCGUUGAAGGUUUCGAUCACUAUCACCGGUUGGCUAUUCCGAUCAAAUCUCAAUGUCCUCCGGGUGGUAUUCAACACCAAGAUUGAAGAUCAAGUCGACGAGUGUGGAGAUAAGCUCGAUAUAUUUGGAACGGAUAUCAACAACGAUUUGAAGUACCUGAGGAUCACCAAGGACAAAACAGUUUUCUACGGUUCGUUCCUCGAUAGAAUCAUGUCGGAUGGCAAACCAACCGCCACCAGAAAUCAAGUGAUUAGCACCGACAAAGAGACAGGAAUGACACUGAUAGGAAUUCAACUUCCACAGUGUUACGACUGUAUUAUCGACCCAAAUUUUUCAGUGCUCGUUGAAAAUGGAGGGGAAUGUGUAUAA